GUUGGAGAUGCGAGAGGCUCAGGCGCCCCUCGAGAGUCCUGGAUCCCCGACCGAAAGCAGCAGCGGCGACCUCGCGGGGUCCCCUAGCUACUACCGCAGGGGUGGCUGGGAUGAUGACCGCCAUGGACGUGAUGAUCGUCGCGGUCGCGAUGAUGGACGUAGCCGAGGUCGUGAUGACCGUGUGCGUAGCCGAAGAGGUGAUGACAACCGCCGAGGACGAGAUGACGGCCGUGUCCGACGUGGUGAUGAUGACCGCCAUGGACGUGAUGAUUCCCCAGGUCGAGGCCGUGAUGACCGCCGGGGACGCGAUAAUGGCCGCAACGGACGCGAUGAUGGCCGCAGUGGACAUGGUGACGGCCGCAAUGGACGUGAUGAUGCCCGUGGACGCGAUGACCGACGUGCGCGCGGCCCAAGAGAUGAUGAUGGACGUCGUGGUGAUGAUGGCGAGAUGCCAGGUGGUGGCCGAGAUGAUGACGGUCGAAGAGGAGGCAGGGACGAUGAUGGCCGAGGCGGCAGUCCCGGAGGACCCGGAGGACGUGAUGAUGAUGGUGCACGCCCGGGAGACUGGGAUUGGAAGUAUGUCGACAUUUGA